CCGUCCACACAGUUUCUUGUCUACUUAAGCGACACACUCACAGCUGCAGGUGAUGCCAUCAGAUUAACAUGGAAACAGUAAAAGAUACACGAGUGCCACCACCUCCAUGGAUCGACCGCAAAUUCAUAGAAUUUGCCAUCAGUAAUAAAGAAAAGGUGAAAGUUACUGUAGAAAACAUGAACAUUCAACACGCAAAUGCAGAAGGAAUUGGCUAUGGAAGCUUGAUGUACAGAAUUACCGCAUUCGCAAAGUAUGGAAAUAGUGAGAAAGCAAGGAAAAUGUCCAUAAUCGUGAAAACAGCCCUUGAAACUGGAGCAAUGAAGGAGGUGUUCGAAAGUUGUCAGGCAUUCAGGAUUGAGUCCCAGGCGCUGCACGAGGUGAUGCCGCAGAUCCACGACAAGCUGGCAGAACUGGAAGGCGACGAGUUCCAACCGCUGGCAGCGCACUGCUACCACUGUGGCCAGAAGCCCUCGGACUUCCUGGUGCUGGAGGACCUGGCAGCAGCUGGGUUCAGGAUGGCCAAGGCAGGCCGUCCGCUGGACUAUGGGCACUGUGCGGCUGUGCUGAGGGCAUACGCCAGGCUGCACGCCGCUUCAGCGUUUCUGCUCACCAGACAGCCACAUUACAAGAACACUUUCUAUAACAAUAUGUUUACCAACCAAACCGCCCAGAAACAUUUCAGAUCGUUGGCUUCUAACGUGAUGUGUGCCCUAGCGAAUGAGUUGGAAAAGUGCCCUGGCUACGAGGAGCACUCCCAGAAGUAUAGGGAGUUUAUUGAACGACGUCUCGAUACAGCAUACAGAAUGUUAGAGGAGAACAAAAACCAAACAAAGUUACCUGUAUUGACCCACGGCGACUGCUGGAAGAACAAUAUGAUGUUUAAGUAUCUGGACGGAGAAGUAACAGAGGUCCGACUUCUCGAUUUUCAGGCAGCAAACGUGACCAGCCCGGCUACGGACCUGCAGUACUUCCUGUACUCGAACGCCAGUGAGGAGGUCCACCGCCACCGUUUGGGCGACCUGUUGCGCCUCUACCACGACACGUUGGUGGGCCUGUUGCGUCGUCUGGGCAUGGAGCAGGCCGCGCACGCGUACACCGUGGAGGAACUCCAGCGGGACAUGGACCGCUGUUUGGCUGCAGCCGUUGUCUUCAGCGCCAUGAGUGGCUUCGUUCUGACUUCGGAGAAGUACGGAGCAGAAUACGCACCGGCUCUCAACGACGUAGAAAAUUCAGAGCAGGCUCUCGCGAAGACCUUUGAUAAUCCAUAUUCUUUGUCGUAUAUGAAAUACCUCUCACCUAUUUUCGACAGUGUAAGCAAAGUAAAUUUGCCAGUGCAGGCGAGGAGUGGACAGGCACAGCCGGGGAGGCGAAGGCCGGCGAGCGCCGGAAGAUCAUUGUGCAGGGGCCGAGGGUCCCAGGGGAUGGGGCCACUGACCGGCGAGCAUCAAAAAGAACACCGCCGAGUGCCAGAUUUAGUUCCAAGACAAGCCAACAACAUGGAAUUAUCAACUGAUACGCGAGUUCCACCGCCUUCAUGGAUAAAUCAUGGUUUCAUAGAAUCUGCUUUGAAGAGUGCAGAACGAAAGAAAAUUACCGUCGAUUCCAUCAACGUCCAGUACGCAAAUCCUGAAGGAGUUGGCUAUGGAAGCUUGAUGUUCAGACUCACUGCCAAUAUGAGAUAUGAAGGCAGUGAGCAGACAGAAAAGAAAACCAUGAUAGUGAAAACGGUUCUUGAGUCUGGUGAACUGCUCAAGGAUCUCACAGAAAAAUGUGAUGUGUUCAAGAUCGAGGGAGAGAUGCUGCACAAUGUGAUGCCGCAAGUCCAUGAGCAGUUGGCAGCACUGGAGAAUGAGGAGUUCCGGCCGAUAGCGGCCAAGUGCUAUCAAUAUGGCCGACAGCCCGCGCCCUUCUUAGUGCUGGAGGACAUGUCAGCAGCUGGAUUCAGGCUGGCUCAGGCUGGCCAGCCAUUGGACCUCAAACACUGUGAAGUCGCACUGCGGGCGUAUGCACGGCUGCACGCCGCCUCAGCGUACUUACUCUGCAAACAGCCCCACUACAAGGACACAUUCAGUUUCCACAUAUUCACAGACAAAAGCGCUCGACAGUUUGUAGGAACUAUGGCCAAGAAGAUUUUGAUAGGACUAGCCAAUGAGUUUGACAAAUGUCCUGGUUAUGAGAAAUAUUCAGAAAAAUACAGGGCUUUUGCUGACCGCUUCCCCGAUUUAUCAUGUGAAAGAAUGGAGCAAAUCAAGAGGCAAACAAAGCUUCCGGUAUUGACCCAUGGUGACUGCUGGAAGAACAACAUGAUGUUUAAGUAUACGAAUGGAGAAGUAUCAGAAGUCCGUCUAGUUGAUUUUCAGGGUGUAUCAGCAACCAGCCCGGCCUCGGACCUGCUGUACUUCCUGUACGCGAGCGCCAGCGAAGACGUCCACCGGCACCACAUGGAGGACCUGCUGCGCGAGUACCACAGCACGCUGGUGGGCCUGCUGCGGCGUCUGGGACUGGAACAGCAGGCAGAGGCCUACACCUUCGAGGAGCUCAAGAAGGACAUGGACUACUGCUUAGUCAUCGGUGUUUAUUUCAGCAGCAGUAGUGGAUUUUUCCUCACUUCCGAGAAACAUGCCAAAGAAUAUGCAAAAGCACUCAACGAUCCAGAGAAGUUUGAUGAGGUUAUCGUUAAAUCAUUUAGGAACCCGUACACAAUGCCAUAUAUAAAAUAUCUCACGUCAAUUUUUGAUAAGAAAGAAAUUUUAUGAUGGUAUUUAAUUUUUAAAUGCACAGGACCUAGUUUUCGGCGCAUCUGAAAAACGGGUUGUAAGGACUAAUCGUCGAAUCGACACUUGCAAAAGGCAAAUCUUAAAUUCAUGAGUGAUUAAUAGCUAUACACAACGUUUCGAUUGUAGUUGUAAUACCUUUCCGCUACUCUACCACACAAAGAAAUUUGUCUGAUUUUAUUCUCCGUGUAUAUUUACGGGACAAACCUUUCCAAUAAUUCAUGUUUGACCUGUGUCUGCCAUUUUUCAUAUGAUAAUCGGACACUAGUAAAUAUUUUCAUUGCUUCUUGUUACAACGCAAUUAAGACUAAUAAACGAUUAGUAAUAUAAACAAUUAGAGUGGUUUGUAUUUACGAAACUAUUACAAAUGCUUGUGUCUUUUGUUCAGAAUUGAUGCGAGUUCACUUUUCAACACAUUACCAGUAGAAAUGAGUAUAUCAACAGGAAAAUUAAACUUCAUACAUGUAUGUGAGUUCAACUAGCAAAUGUUCAUAGUUUUUUGACGGAGAUUUACUGAAUGAUAUCGUGCUCAGAUGUCGGAACAUAAGAAGUAGCUAAGUUGGGUAACAUUUUUAGCAUCACGCCAAAGGCCAUAUAGUAUCACAAAAUUUCUCCACAACGAGACAAUGGAGCUCGUAGGUCUCUGACGUCAAAACACCCAAACAACACAUCCCAGUAAAAGAUGCACGUUACUUUUUAAUUAGAUUUAACCUUAUUCUAAACUUCGGCACUAUUCCAAAUACAGGGUAAACUAUUCGUAAUAUUAGAUGGAAUUUGUAGAGUUAUUGUGCUUCUUAUCAGGAGCAAACAGUGUCCCUUUAUUGCUGUAUCUAUAGCGUUAGAGAACUUCAAACGUAUCUCGUCAUUCCUUAG